CUCACCGAGAAAAGGAUACUUAUAAGCUUCUGAGUGAGAAGCUUCAGACCGAGUUAGAAGUGACUCGGAAGGAGCAUACCGAGUGGGCCGAACAGGUUCGACAAAGGCUUGGACAAAUCGGGCAGCUCCAAGCGCAGAUAGACACGAUACAAACUGAGGCCGAGGAGUUCAAGAAAAAUAUGGACCUCAUAACCUCGCAAAAGGAAGUUGUCCAAGCGCAACUGGCGUCGACCGAGGCUCAGCUUCGGGCUGCAAAGGAGAAGAUCUCGGUGCAGGCCAAGAGGAUCGAGGAGCUCCAAUCUGAGCUUAACUCGGCUGUUUCUGGCCAAGAGAGCUUGGCCACGGAGCUCGAGGCGGCCAAAUCUCAGGUGGCCGUGGCCAGUACCAAGGCCAAUGCUAAAGUGGCCCAAUUCAAGGUUGACGUCGAAGCUAUUCAGGCACAGGCCAAGAGCAUGGUAGAUCAUGCAAGGUGGGAAGCUCGAAGGGAAGCCCUCGAGGGAGUCCAUGCUCAGGGCUUUGACAUACUGGCGGAAAUCGAGAAUGCAAAGGUAGAAGAAGCCAGGGCUCGGAAGCUGGCUUUUCCCGAGGAAUACUUCAAGAGCUUAACUGAAUCUGAAGGUGGGGAAGACCCAGAGGAUGAAGACGCUACCUCCGAUGAGGACCAGGCCGCUUAGGACACUUAUGCCUUUAGAUGUUUUUAUUUUUUGCGUUUUGCAUCUUUUUGAGGUCGCUUUGGCCAUUGUACAUUUCUAGAUCGGGCCAUUCUGGCCUUUGUAAAAAAGAUUAUAUAUACAAGGCUUUCUUUCCCCUUUGACUUUCAAAUUUUUCCUUUACUUUAUUACUUGUAUUCAUAAGGGCCGAAACACCUUAACAUAAAGUAAUUUAGGCUGUGUUUGAAAGUUCAAACAAACCUUGCCUUUGCCCUACUUUGUUUUAAGGUGUAUUGGGGGGUUCGGUGGUACCGGAACCUUUUCCCUAAGUAGGUAGCCGAGAUUGUAGUUUGCCGAGGGUAGCCUUUAGAACCGGUUGUGAAAAAUUUUCUUUUUCGAAGGCGUAGUUUUUGUUACAGGCUUCGGACGUCUUUGAGCCGUGUGAAUUUGGUCGUAGACUUUUAGUUCGGGAGCUGCCCAUUGGACUUGUUUUCCCGAGCUAUCCGGACUUGCCCAAGAUAACAGUCUUCGAGUGGGGUGGCCGUGGCCUUUAAAAACCGGUGAGUUGCCUAGUAGGUCUUAUGCCCCCGAGGCCUAGUGACUUGGGCCUGUUCGAGUUUUUUGGACGGCGGUCCCGAGUGAGGGAGUGGCCGUUCGUAUUCCGGUUAUAGACUGCCCUUGGGCUCGUUAUUUUCAGGAGAUCGGAAGUACGAAACUCUUUAAGGGAUGUAAAGAGGAAAUUUUUUAAAACAUAAGAUGAUUGCAAGGAAAGUACUUCUCUUUAUUCUUGUGCAAAGCAGUCAUACAUGCGUACAUGUUUUAUGCCAGGGUUCGAGUAAUCAAUAUGGGCACGGUUCGUUUGACGGUUUGGCCCUUACAAUAAAUCCUACCUAUCGAGACCCUUCCUUUACGAAGUAAUUUCCUCGCUAAAGUUGAUAUCCGAAGAUAAUGCAUAUCCGAGGGUAAUACCCCCCCUCCCUCCCCCCAGUAUUCGAGGUUGAUUGUAGAGGGACCUCAAAUAUUGUUGAUUUGACCUUCGAUACCGAUUCGUGAUUGACUUGAUUCUAAGUUAGCACGAUCCAUUGUUGCCUCGUUAAAAACCUUGCCGAAAAACCCAUUUGGGACAAAAUCGGUCUAAGGAAAAAAGAGUGCAAUGCGUGCCUUCAGACCUAAAAACUUCAUGCCGCUUCUUGUUGAUCACCUGCAAGUGUUAGUCUGAAAUAAAAAGGAAAUUAAAUGGGGUCGUACCUUAGCAGUAAUAUCGUUUUGGGUGGGAUAUAUUCCAAUUGCUCGGUAGUUGUUCUCCGUUCAUCAUUCCGAGCUUAUAGGAUCCUUUCCCGGUGACCUCGAGAAUCUGGUACUGUCCUUCCCAGUUCGGACCUAAUUUCCUUUCGUUCGGAUUCCGGGUGUUUAGGGUGACUUUCCUUAGCACUAAGUCCCCGACAUUAAAGUAUCGAAGGUUGGCCCUUCGAUUGUAAUACCUC